CAAAUGCAUAAAGAAGAAGACUUGAUUAGUGACUUACCCUUAAAAGUAAAAAUAAAAUAGAAACCAUAGUCACCUGCAACUGUGACCCAGAAGCCCCAGUGCAACCCAGCUCAUUCCUAUUUGAAUAUGAGAAACUGAGAAAGAUAUUUAAAACCCUUUCAAAGGCGCACAUUAAGGAGGAAAUAACAUGAAACAACUGUCGCUGUAUGGCUUAGCCUUUGGUGCUGAUGAUGGUGGUGAUGAGGACCUUGUAUUUGUCAUCAUCAAGAUUCAAAGCACAAACACACCUUUUGCUUAUCAAAAGCCUAAAGCCCUUCUUAUACUACCACUACUAGCAAAGCCCCAAAGACAGAGACUCCAAGUCCUCAGCUUACAAACUCAGUUCCCACAAUUCUUCAACUGCUUCAUGGUUUUGAGUAACAACUAAGCACCAGAGCUUGAUACCAUGAUCCCAGCAUGUUUCAGCCAACCCAACACGAUUUCAAGCAGCUCUCAAGUGCCUCAAAACCUCAUAACUUGCAUAUACCAAACUGAGCUUUGCAACUCACCUACAUAUCUCACUCUCACUUGGUCCAAAGCCCUCUUCUCUCACUCCCUAACUAUACAUGCUCCAGACUCUUUUUCCAUCACCAUCUCUCUCAAUCCAACUACCUUCUCAUUUUUCCGAACUAAACCAGGUUCCAAGUCCAUCCAUCAAACACAACACCAAUACCAAAGAAUCAAAAUCUACUGGGACUUCACUCGGGCAAACUUUGCUCACAACUCAGCUGAGCCUGAGUCUGGCUUCUACGUUGCCAUUUCUUGCAAUGCCAAACUUCAGUUCUUUCUAGGGGAUCUUUUCGAUGAGUUGACUCGGCGAUCAGGGUUAGUUGGGGCUCACCAACUCCGACAACCAAUCCAACUGUCAAGGCGAGAGCAUGUAUUCGGGCAUAAGAAUUACAUCUCUCGAGCUCAGUUCUUGGGGUCCAAGCAUGAGAUUGGCAUAGAGUGCAGUGAAGGUACUCUUAGAGUAAAGGUAGAUGGAGAAAUUAGCCUUGUUGUGAAAAGGCUGGCUUGGAAGUUCAGAGGCAAUGAGAGAAUUUUCGUUGGCGGUGUUGAAUUUGAAUUCUACUGGGAUGUGUUCAACUGGGUUAAUAACCGUAAAGGUACUACUAAUGGCACUGGACAUGGUGUAUUUGCUUUCCAAGUUGGUGAUAGUGGGGUUUGGCCAGAAAUGGUGGGUUCUGAGAAGAGGUUGAUGAGGAAGAGCUUGUCAAUGUCAGCUGCUUCAGCGUCAAUGCCCUCGAUGGUCUCAUUAUCGCCAUCCCCAUCAUGCUCGAGUGUGCUGCAAUGGGCAGAGGAAAGUAGUGAUGGUGGGAGGAGUUCAUGUUCUUCAUCCACCAACACCUGUGGUAGUAAUGGAGCGUUUUCUUUGUUGCUCUAUGCUUGGAGGAAGGAUUGACAAUGCAGUAUGCAUUAUGAUCUGAUACUUCCAUUUAUUAAGUUCAAUGUAACGAACUGGUUGAAAUCGGAAAUAAUUCCUUCUGGAUGUAAAUUUUCUUGUGAUUUCU